AGGUGCAGAAGAGGAGCAACAUGUUCGCCGUGCAGCUGCUGCGAGUGUCGGUACAUGAGCGGAUCAUCGCCGCCGCCGAAGACUUUCUGCUGCAGGCGGAGGAAGGAGAAGAAGCGGCUCGAGUCCCGGCGCUGAGAGCGCUGCUCACCGAGCGGCUAACGGCGGCGGCGGAGGAGAUCGUCGGUCUGUUGGAGGAAACCGUGGCGGAGUACGAAGACCGAGUGGAGCGGUCCGAGCGGGAGAUCUGCCGCCAGAGGAGGCUGCUCGACGCCGUGUUGAAGCCCGAAGUCAGGCUGCACCGAGCGGACGUCCAGCAGCUGUCUGUGAUUAAAGAAGAGUUACCCCCUGAGCAUCAGCAGUGGCGCCCCAGUGUGAAACAGGAGGAAACAGAGCCUCCCCACAUUAAAGAGGAACAGGAGGAGCCAGAUCCCCCCCACAUUGUAGAGGAAAAUGAACAGGGAGAGCAGCUUCAAGGGCUGGGGGAGGCUGAUGUCACUAAGUCACUGUUCAGAGUGACUCUUGUCACUGUGGAGAGUGAAGAAGAUGAAGAGAAACCUCAGUGCUCACAGCUUCAACAAAGUCAGACUGAGGAGAACAUACGGGCCAAGAAUUGUUUCUUGUCCUUCCCUGACAAGAAACAAUUAAACUGCUCUGAGUGUGGUAAAAUAUUUAGGUAUAAGUCAAACCUUAUGGGUCAUAUGAGGAUUCAUACAGGAGAGAAACCAUUUAGUUGCUCGGAGUGUGGUAAAAGAUUUGGGUAUAAGUCAAACCUUAUGGGUCAUAUGAGGACUCAUACAGGAGAGAAACCAUAUAGUUGCUCUGAGUGUGGACAUGGAUUUGGGCAAAGCUCACACCUGGUAAAACAUAUGAGGAUUCAUACAGGAGAGAAACCAUUUAGUUGCUCUGAGUGUGGUAAAAUAUUUGCACAAAGGGCACACCUACUGAUACAUAUGAUGAUUCAUACAGGAGAGAAACCAUUUAGUUGCUCUGAGUGUGGACAAAGAUUUAACCGAAAGGGUACUCUGCUGAGACAUAUAAAGAUUCAUUCAAGAGAGAAACAAUGUAGUUGCUCUGAAUGUAGAAACAUGUUUAGCGAUAAGUCAAACCUGCUGGUACAUAUGAGUAGUCAUACAGGAGACAAACCAUUUAGUUGCUCUGAGUGUGGACACAGAUUUUGGCAGAAGUCAGACGUGCUGGUACAUAUGAGGAUUCAUACGGGAGAGAAACCAUUUAGUUGCUCUGAGUGUGAUAAAAGAUUUAGGCAAAAGACACACCUGGUGAAACAUAUGAGGAUUCAUACAGGAGAGAAACCAUUUAGUUGCUCUGAGUGUGGACGCAGAUUUGGACGUAAGUCAAUCCUGCUUUGUCAUAUGAGGAUUCAUACCGGAGAGAAACCAUUUAGUUGCUCUGAGUGUAGUAAAAGAUUUAGGACAAAGUCAGACCAACUUAAACAUAUGAAAAUUCACACAGGAUAGAAACCAUUUAGUUGCUGAGUUUGUGGUGAAAAAUUACUUGUCAGGAAAAUAUGACAAGAUGCAUGUCAGUCCACACCAGAAUAAAUUAUUUAGUUUCAUAUUCUGCAGCCAAGUUGAGUCAAAGUGAGGAGAACAGAGCUGCACUAAAACUGUUGUCCGAUAGGCCCCUCUGUGAGCACCUGGAUUCCACAGGCUUCACCCAGUAUACAACCCUAUGUCUAAAAACUCAAGCAGAUUGGUCAUUAAAUUGUGUCACUAUUCAAACAAUAACCUGCAUGCGCCAGUAAAACAACGAUGGAGAGGAGAGAGUGAACGUGAGAGGAUCAGAGCGAGAUAGGAGCAAAACGCUCAGUUGGGAGGAGAUUAGAUUAAGAGGGGCUAUUGUGAAACCCUAAAGUGACGUGCAGACAAAUUACAGGUUCACAGGAUCAAUGGUUUCAUGAUUCUAACAUUGUGGUGAGAUACUGUUAAAGUGAGUAAAAUAUUAAAUGAUUAGUAAUAAUAAUAAGGAAAGAUGUUAAUUCUGUGUGUAAUGUAUAAUAUUGGUUGUAGUUCCUUCUUUGCCCAGUAGGUGGUAUAUGGAGUAUGGGAAAGCACAAAUGGGGGAAGUGGUGAGAAGCAGUUUUUUGAAGUAUUGAGCCAUUGUUUUUUUUUGUUUUAAAUACAAGUAUAUGUAGACCGACGCAUGCUUCAUGGUGGCUUAACCUGGUUGAGUAACGUAUGUCUAUGAAUGUGAAUCAAUUCAACAACAAAGUAUCUACAUAAGAUUAAAAAAUUAGUUUCAUAAUUCUGAUAGGAAAAGAUGUAAAGUCUUUCUCUGAAGUUCUUAUGAGCAAUGCUUCCUAUUGUCAGGUGAAAUGGAAUGUAGCUGUGGGCUCCAUAAUUCUUAUACAGUGCUCUGUUUACUUUAAUACUAUAAAACUUCUGUACCACUCUGUAUCAGUCGCUGUGAAAUUGUGAUUGUAUCUUCUAUUGACCAUUACACUUUUAUUAAUAUUCAAGUCAAA